AUGGUGCGCAAGCUCAGCAACGCGGUGCAGUCGCUCUCGAGGGCAUGUCACUGGCUCGUGGCCACGCGGAGCCGCCGCCGAUGGCUCGUCCGCGCGACACUCAUAGCCUUCCUGCUGCCGCUGCUUCUUCAAUGGGCUCUCGCGUACGUUCUCGGUAGCGACGCUCGCCUGCUCCCCGCCGAGCUCUUGCAAGCCAAGAAUCUGCUGGUCGUGACGGCUCAUCCCGACGACGAGUGUCUCUUCUUUUCGCCGAGCAUUCUCGGCGUCUUGGACAGGAACAAGCACAUGAGGGGGGGUCUGGUGGUCAUGUCAACUGGCAACAACUACGGACUGGGGGAGACCAGGAAGAAGGAGCUGCUGGGCUCCUGCGAGGCGCUGGGCAUUGACACGACUAGAUGUGUUGCGCUGGACCAUGCCGACCUGCAGGAUAAUCCCAGAGUUUGGUGGGACGAAGACAAGAUUAAGCCCAUCCUGAAGGAGUACGUUGAGAAAUGGAGCAUCGAUGCCAUCAUCACCUUUGACGAGGGCGGCGUGUCAGGCCAUAUAAAUCACCGGGCCGUCAGCUCGGCCGUCAACCAGUACGUGGCCGAAAACGAAAAGGCUCCGGCAGCUUACAUGGUGGUGUCUGUUGCUCUCCCCAGAAAAUACACCUUUCUGCUGGAUCUCCCCCUCACAGCCAUCUCUUUCCUGUGGAGGAUAGCGGCAGCCAUCUUCUUCCCGUCGGGCUCAGCAGACGCCAAGUACAGCACCAGGGCGCUGGUCGCAAACACAUGGCAUCGGUACGUGAUGACCAGGAAGGCAUUUGCCAGCCACGGCAGUCAAUAUACCUGGGACAGACACUUGUACAUGAUUAUCAGUCGAUAUGUGUGGUUCAAUGACCUGCAAAGGGUCGUCGUCAAGGGAACUGUGCGAUGA